AUGGCAUCCGAAGCUGAGCAUCGAACGUUUCAUACAGAAAAGGCCACCCUCCAAGCGGACAAAGAGUUCUCAGAUAUAUCAGAAGGAUUCCAAGUCGCCAAGGAUCGGGACGACCCUCCCUCACCUCUACAUGAGUUUCCAGAAGGUGGUCUGGAAGCUUGGGCCACUGCUUUUGGAGCGUUUCUUGUAAUGUUUUGUGGGGGUGGUUAUACCGCUUCAUUUGGUGUCUAUCAAGACUUCUAUACCCAACAUUACCUCACAAAUGAGACCUCGUCUGCUAUAUCAUGGAUCGGGAGCUUGAACGCGUUUUUAAUCGCUGCUGUGGGCCUCGUGUCAGGUUCACUAUACGACCGAGGAUAUUUUCACCAUCUCAUGAUUGCCGGAUCGGUUCUGCAGAGUUUUUCUCUAUUCAUGUUGUCUUUGUCGAAACCCGAUCAGUACUACCAGAUAUUCCUCUCGCAAGGCUUAGGCUUGGGUAUCGCGUCUGGGCUCAUUUACAUCCCUAGUAUAACUAUCAUCUCACAUUAUUUCCGACGGAGGCGCACGCUGGUUAUGGCGUUCGUCGCUUCGGGCUCAUCACUGGGUGCUAUUGUCCAUCCGAUCAUGCUCAAUAACCUCCUCAAUGGUCCUGUUGGGUUCGCCAAUGGCGUCCGUGCAAGCGCAGGGUUAGUCAGUGUGUUUCUCGUAAUUGCAUGUCUGUGCAUGCGCACUCGCCUUCAUCCGCCGGCGAAACCGGUGAACUAUAUUGUGGCGGCUAGAAAAUGUAUUCGCGAUGUACCGUUUGUUCUCAUGGUAGCAGGGGGCUUUCUUUUCCAGCUCGGCUUCUACUACCCAUUAUUCUUCUUUCAACUCGACUCUGUCAAGCACGGUGUCAGCGUUACCUUUUCGUUCUACUCUCUGGUGAUUUUAAAUGCGUCCAAUUGUGUCGGGCGAGUCACGGCGGGGUUCAUUGCGGGGUACACGGGGGUCCCAAACUUGAUCAUAAUCACGUCAAUUUCGUGCGGUGUGCUCAUUUUGGGCAUGAUUGGGUUGAGUAGCUUAGCCAGCGUUAUUGUGCUUGGCGUGCUUUAUGGCUAUUUUUCAGGGUUGAAUAUCGCGAUCUCGGCUCCCCUCAUGGUCAUCUUAACGCCCAACCUCUCCGAGCUUGGGGCACGGGUUGGCAUCUGUUUCUUCAUUCUUUCAUUUGGAAGUUUGAUUGGAACACCCAUAUCCGGCGCUCUGCUAACAACCAAUUAUAUCUGGUGGAAACCGGCUGUGUUCUCUGGGAUCGUUUCACUGGCUGGUGGCAUGGUACUUAUCAUCAUGCGACAUAUGCUUCUCAGAAGGCAGAUCAAGGACAAGCGUACUAUUACUCAAGUUGACAUAAUAAUGUUAGACGACCUGGCUAGUGCUGUGGGCAAAACUGCUUUGAAGUAG